AUGUCGGCUAAAAUGUUCAAAAAUUUGCCAACAUCAUUCGGUGACAACACAAAGAAGAUCGAAGUCAUCCUAUUAGAGAAGAACAUCAUCGGUCCUCGUACUGGCUUGAGAAAGUUUUUAAAGCUACAGUUGCCCACCUUGAAGUUUCACAAUGAGAAUGUGGAUUUCUUCUGUACUAGAGUGAGAGCCACUUCCAAGGAUGACAUCGCUAAGGUGCCCACAAAGAUCGUUAUCCACGAUGCCUCCAAUAACAAAACCGAGAUAGACUGCCAUGCUCUUGAUGAGCAAAAGAUCCUCAAGAAGCUUAUCAAAGCUACCGAAGCUACUCGGGUUCCUGAGUCCGAGAUCCCCCACCUCCAGCACCCUUUCAUAGCAUUAUAA